AUGGCUGAUAUUUGCAUUGAAGUCCGGAACUUCUUCCAAAAGGCAAAAAGGAACAUUCUUGCUUACCCUCCAGUCCUCCUACUUGCUUUGGGAGUUGCCUCUGCUUUAGUGUCUUCCUUCCACCUCAUGAGUACUAGCUUUUUCAGAGCCAACAUGGGUUCUGGUUUUGCCAAAGCUUACUUAGCUAUAGCUUUGGCCGUGGUUUUGGGUUCCUUUCUCUUCUCUGGCAGGGCUCGAAAGAGCGAAAUCAUACAACAUGAGUAUGGUUGGUUUGGUAAAGCUUUGGAAAACUCAUUCAUGGUAGUUCUUACCAGUGUGAUGUCCCUCUUCCAUGAAGAUACCUACCAUGCUGUCGUUGCCGAAUUGUGUUUGGGCUUCAUGUUUCUGUCAAUUGUUCAUAUGCUCCGCCCGAAGACUGACUUUGGGUUUGUGAGCUUUUUCCCAAGUCUUGCUAUGACUACCGUGUGGCAGAAGUACCCUUUCGGCAACACGGGCUGGCUCGUCUUCUUCGUUGUGAUUGUCUUCGCAUGGACUCAUAAUUGGCUGGAAAAGUGGGAAAUGGAGGCGGCAACCGCCGAGGAUGACGGUGACCAUGACGGCGUCGUGGCACUGGAGAGUCUCCCGAAUUAA